AUGAUAUCAUCUACCAUUGGAAUUCUGUUUUCUUUUUCUUCUUCUUCUUCUUCUUCUACUUCCUCGAAUAUAAAUGAUGAAUUUGAUUAUUCAACUGUUAUUUAUCCAUCACCAUUUGAUAUAAAUCGAACAAAUUUAUUAGUUUAUUUCAAUAAAAAAGAUUUUUUAGCAUCAAAUGAAGAUCAUAUAUCAUUAUCAAAACAUCAUAAAAUUCUCGAUAAUGACAUACGAGAUAUUAAUAAAUCAUAUCAAAAUUUCUUAUUUAUUGAAUAUACAAAUUUUUUUGGUAAUAAGAAAUUUUGUACAAAAACUCAAAUAGAAAUAUUUGGUGAUAAAUGUCCAUAUAAAAAUUGUUUUUAUUCUUGUAAUCAUUCAUUAGCAUCACAAGCACAUUUACUUCUUUUUCAUAAAUAUGAUACAACACCACAUACCAUUCCUCCAAAUAAUUUUACUCGAAAUUCUUCACAAAUUUGGCUUCUUUGGCAUGAUGAACCAAAUUUUAUUCAUGGUUAUGAUCUUAAUAUCUAUAAAUUUAAUUGGACAACAUCAUAUGUAUUUGAUGCUGAAGCAUCGAUUGGUGCAUAUGGAAUGACAAUUAUACGAGAAAAAUCAUUGUCAAAUGAAGAAUUUAAUAAUUAUAUUACUCAUGAAUUUUUUUCUCGUCAUCAUCAAGCACUUUGGUUUGUCACAAAUUGUGGUGCUAAACGACGAUUAAAUUAUUUUCGAGAAUUACGUGAAUAUUUUCCUAUACAAGUAUUUGGUUCAUGUGUUCAAUUAAAUGAAAGUUUACCAUCAUUAAAUUCACGACAAUUAGCGAAAAAAUUCAUUCGAUCAGAAAAAAUUUAUAAUAAAACAUUUGAAUCAAUAAAUUGUAAUCGUUGGUCACCAUGUGAAGAAGAACAAGUAAAAUUGAAUAUGUUUUAUUUAGCAUUUGAAAGUCAAAGUUGUAAAGAUUAUAUAACAGAAAAAUUUUGGCGAGCACUUAAAUAUGGUUUGAUACCAAUUGCUUUAGGUCCAUUAUCAAAAGAACAUUAUCGUCGUAUAGCUCCACCAAAUUCUUUUAUUUAUACGAAUGAUUUUUCUACUGCAAAAGCAUUAGCUAAACAUAUGUAUGAUAUUAUAAAUAAUGAAAAACUUUUUCGUUUUUAUCAUAAAUGGAGACAAUAUUAUUAUACAGGUUAUACAGCAUCUGAACUUGAAAAAUAUCGUUUAUGUGAAAUAUGUCAUCGAUUAAAUACAAUGACAAGACGACAACAUUAUCCAGAUGUGAAAGCAUUUUUUACGCAACAAUGUUAA